CCCGCCGCACCCCCCCCGCCGCCGCCGCUCGCGCUCGGCCAUGGCGGAGGCUGAACUUGAUGAACAGCAUUUCCAGGUGCAUCAGCCCAAGGAGCUGCAGAUGUUCGGGCUUGUUGUCCAGGCCUCAGCCCAUGUUGCUGCCUAAACUUCUGACCGAGCACCGAAUGCCAGAAAGCAGGCUUCGGUGGGCAGGCAGAGUCCGAGGGUGGUGCCAUACCCAGCCCACAGCCUAUGUCCCGGAGAGCCUGGCCUUCAGAGUGCAGCAGUUGUGUCAAUGGGCUCGGCUGAUCACCGACUGAACCUAGCAGAGAUCCUUUCACAGAACUAUGGUGUACGGGAGGAAAGGGAAGAAGAGGAAGAUACUCAGGAGAAACAGAAAUCCUUAGAAGAGCUGGAGAAGAGUUUCAGUGCCUCUCAGAACAGUGAAAUGCCAUUUGAGGAGCUGCUUGCACUUUACGGCUAUGAGGCAUCCGAUCCCAUCUCAGAACAGGGCAGUGAGAGCAAUGAUAUUACUCCAAAUCUCCCAGAUAUGACUCUGGAUAAGGAACAAAUAGCGAAGGAUUUGCUUUCAGGGGAAGAAGAGGAGGAGACACAGUCUUCAGCUGAUGAUCUGACUCCAUCCGUCACAUCCCAUGAUGCGUCAGACCUAUUCCCAAACCAGCCUGGCUCAAACAACUUUCUUGCUGAUGAAGACAAAGAGCCCUGUUCAUCUCCAUGUGCUUCCUCUAUGGCUGAGGAUUCAGAGGAGGACUCCAUCCCAUCCAACGAGUGUAAGAAGGAGAUCAUGGUUGGACCUCAGUACCAAGCCACUGUUCCCAUCCUCCACUUGAAUAGGCACAGUGAAAAAGCCUAUGAAAAUGAAGAUCAGCUGCUUUGGGACCCAAACAUCCUUCCUGAGAGAGAGGUUGAAGAGUUCCUAUAUUGUGCAGUGAAGCGGCGGUGGGAUGAGCUGUCUAGCAGCAGCCUGCCAGAAGGAGAGAUGGUGAAGGACAAUGAACAGGCAUUGUAUGAACUCGUUAAAUGCAAUUUCAAUGCAGAAGAGGCAUUACGGAGGUUACGGUUCAAUGUGAAGGUUAUCAGAGAUGAGCUUUGUGCCUGGAGCGAGGAAGAAUGUAGAAAUUUUGAACAUGGCUUCAGGGUCCAUGGGAAAAACUUUCAUCUUAUCCAAGCAAACAAGGUCCGCACCCGGUCAGUGGGCGAGUGUGUGGAGUAUUACUACAUGUGGAAAAAGUCAGAGCGCUAUGACUACUUCACUCAGCAGACUCGUUUAGGAAGGAAGAAGUACGUCCUCCACCCUGGAGCCACGGAUUACACCGACAAUGACUUGGAUGGGGGUGAGGUAGAAAACGCCAGUCGUUCUCGGAGCUCCCCACCGAUUCCAUCUGCCACUAGCUGCCUGGACUCUCACUUUGGCCAAGAUCAGCUAGUGAUUGAGAGCACAGAGCCUCUGAGCGUGGAGAGCACAGCCUGCAGCCUGGGCAGCAUGAGCGAGUCGGGGCAGGGCUAUGAGUGCAGUACUCCUUCGGAGACGAAUUGUUCCUUCGACCCCGCCGAGGAGACCUCCUCAGGCACGCUCUCGGCUUCCUGCACACGGCAUACUGUCACCCCCUCCGACACGGGGCUCUAUGCUUUGCCGCCGGCAGGACCAGGACUAGCAGAGAAGCAGGAGACGUUGCAAAGCUCUGGUGAGACGAUAACCAUGGACUUCACUCUCCCUGCAGACAUUAAUGAGGGCUUACCUUUAAUUGCUGGCCCUGUGGAUUUGGACAGAGACCCAGAGGCAGUGGUGGCCCCUGCGCAAGUGUCCUUAUCGGUCACAGAUUUUGGCCUCAUUGGCAUUGGAGAUGUAAAUAGCUUUCUGACUGCGCAUCAGGCCUGUCCGGCACCCGUGGCUCGGUCAGAGCCCUUGUCACAGUGAGAGUCUCCAGUCACAAACCUGUCACAAAUCCACCAAGGACUUUGACCUGACUGAGUGAAAUCCUGGAACUUCCACUGUUCUCUAGGGACAGCAUGGAGCUGUUGGUCAGAAUCUGUCUUUCCAUCCUCCUUGAUCCAAGGCUACAGUGAAACCAAACACGUUUCUGCUCCAGCGUGUUCCGACACGAUCACACAAAGCUGGUGGCCAGCUUGAGUGAGGGGGGAGGCCCACAACCCCCCGUUUUGUUGACCGUGUGUCACCCCAGGUCUUGCCAGGCUGUUGGGAGAGUCCCUGCCCCCAGGACCGGGGAGGUGGAGUCCCUCCUCUGGCUCCAGUGGGACGGUCUGAGUGCAAAAAUGUGUUGAGAACAGGAAUGUAUCGCAGGCACUUUGGGGCUGGGACAGAGGAUGCAGUCUGGAGGUCCGAGAGCUUAGGAAAUCAGCAUGGAGCACAAUCUGCCCGGGCUGGAGGGCUGCUCACCAGCGGAGAUGGGCAUGGCGAUGCCAAAGGAAGGCGAGGAGUCGUGGCUGUUCACCCGCACAGUGGGCUGCAAUAGAAGUCGUUCUCCCCGUUCCCCUUCUCACAGCUGUCCUGCGCUCCUGAGCUGAGGACUGUAACAGGUGCUCGCAGUCCUGUUUUCAAACCUCCUGGGGCUGCGCGUUGCUCUCUGCCUGCACUGCUGUCAGCUCCGGCUGGGACGUCGCCUGUUCCAGUCCUUUGGCUGAAACUUAGGUCUUGGAAAGGGGUGCUGUGCGGUGCAGCAGUGUUGUGCAUGCUAAAGCCCAUCCCGCCUUCCCUUGUAGUGCUCUGCCAUGAACUGGGCCGGGGAGAUCUUGUGCUGGGAGUCAAGGCAGUGUCCAGACCCACAAAGUGAUGUUGGCCUUCAGUGCUGCACUGCUGCCCCCUUUGUUCUUGGCGGUGAAUAACUCGAUCGUUUCUGGCCCUGCUGUACUUCAGGAGGGUGAAACGCAGCUACAACCUCAGUAACGUCUCAGCUUGUUCCAAACAAUUUGCUAGCUGGGGAAGGAGGAGGAGCUGGACGCAGGAAGAGAGGGCCAGAAGGGGAUGGUGAUCUCUGAGUUGAACCUUGCUUUUUUGGGUGCCUGAAGCUAGAAUUGUGGAAAUGGAGAAGCAGCAGCCGCCACUGGGUAAGGGGCAGCCGCUGCCUGACCUCCCCGGGCAGUGACAGCGAACAGAGCGAGGAUGUGCAUCCUGGCAGGGCGAGAGCUUCCAGCUGUGUCUCCCUGGAGUCACCCACAGCGGGGCCGUGCAUCCUCCCCACCGCUGCGCACACUGCGUGCACCUCAGCUCCCUGGGCACCCCGCGUCGGACACCGCUGCUAGCGCCGAGAGGCAGGCAGGAGAGCACGCCAGUCCCAGCGCAUCCCUACCCCUUCCCACCUGCCUCCGUUCUUCUAAAACGUCACCAAAAAAGCUCUCUCUUCUGAGAGAAAAGUGCGUCUCUACUGCCAAUGGCGUUUUGAGGAGGUGACGAGGGUCGGCACCGAAGUGGCCAGAGGCCACGCAGAGCUGUGCUGGCUCGGAGGAGCGUCUGUGGGUGCGCUGAGUCGGAGCUGGUCUGCAUCCCGCUUGUGUGCCAGGUCUGGGGCUUGUCACUGGCUUAUGUCCACUGUUCGCAUUCCUUUUUUCCAUGCAGGGAACACUGCUGACUUGCUGGGCAGGGCUCUAAUGCAGAUGUUCCCUUCCUCCAGCCAUUUGCUGUGCUUGGGAAGGGUUUGGGUUGAGUCUUUUUGCUUAUUUUGGUAGAGGUCUUCAGGCGGUGAUCCUGCAGUUGCUUCUGCUGCCAGUGGAUUUGGAAGAUGACUAAAGGCAUCAGCCUGGGACCCUCUUUUACCCGGCCCAGCGAGGUUGUGCUCACUCCUGCAGCAGGGGCAUGGAGACAGCACCAGACAGCUUCACGGGGUAGCUUAGGAUCAGACCUCAUCUCUCCCUUUCAGGCCCCAGACCCAUUCGCCUACGUGAGCAGGGUGGGUGCUUGUUUCGGUCCCCAGCCAGCCCUGCUAGGAGGUGCCGAGCUCCAGACACCGCUCUUGUGGCCAGGCAUUGCUCUGUGAAACGUGCCGUAAAAUGGAGGUCUCGCCUCUGGCUGCUCCCAGCUGCUGGAAACAGAAAGCAAACACAAGUGCCCGCUCCAUAGUGAAACUUCCCAGGCUGUGAUUCCCCUUUUCUGGGGGAGAGAGGAAGCUGCUUGGCUGGAAGGAGAGGAGGUGGCAGGGCGAGAGCAUCUGCAGCCCUCCCAGGGAGGGUCAGGCCUUGGCUUCUCCUCUCCAUCAGCCAAGAAUGUUCUUAGUAGUUUUUCCUGAAACCAUUUUUCUUUGGUUUGUUUCAAGCCCCAAUGAAAGGAGAGGAGAGGCUGGAGGAGGCAGAAAUGUCUUAUUUAUAUUAUUCAGUGUUGUUUACAGAUUCGCAUGGGGUCUUUCAACGUGAGCGCAGCGCUUUUCCCACAUAACUGUAAGGGAGAGGGGUGAAAAGGGCUGGGGCAGGGUGGGGAGUCACUGGGGGAGGUUUGGUUUUGGUUUUGUUGGGGUUUUCUUUUUCCUUCUUACAAAGCACAUUCACUUUGAGACGCUCCCAAUGCUGGACUCUUCCCCCCACCCCCAAGCCCUACACUGUGAAGUGAUACUGCCUUGAAGACCCCUCGCCGUUAUUUAUUUAAUUAAAAACCUAAUUU